AUGGCUGGCUGGAUUAUGAUUAUACUCGUCACCCUCGCCCUCCCCCGCCCGCUCUAUCGCAUCUUCUUUCAUCCCCUCCGCGGCUAUCCUGGUCCUCUCCUCACGGCGGUCUCUAGCAUCCCAUAUGUCUACUGGACCAUCACAGGGGUUCUACACGCGCGCAUCCGCGAGCUGCAUGACCUCUACGGCCCUGUGGUGCGCCUCCGCCCCAAUGCCCUCACCUACCGCACCCCCGAGGCCUGGACGGACAUCUACGGCUACCGCAAGCAUGGCGCCCUGCCUUUCUCCAAGGACCCGGAAUUCUUCACCCCCACGGCCCCGGGGUCGUCGCAUAUGGUCAACGCAAGCGAGGCGGACCACGCGAGGCAGAAGAAACUGCUGGCACACGCCUUUUCGGACCGAUCACUGCGUGAGCAGGAGGCCUUGAUUGUGGGCUACAUUGACCUUUUUAUCGAGAGACUACAAGAAUACGCCGAUUCCAGGCAGGACGUUAAUAUCGAGAAAUGGCUGAACUUCCUUACGUUUGACAUCAUCGGCGAUCUCGCCUUUGGCGAGCCCUUUGGGUGCUUACAGGGAUCCGAGUACCACCCGUGGGUUGCGACGGUGUUCCAGAGCAUCAAGACAGGCGCAUGCAUGCGUGCCAUGGCAAUCUACCCUCCUCUCCUCAAGGUAUUUUGCACAUUCAUGCCAUCCAGCUUCACCCAAAAGCGCGUCGCCCACUAUCAAAUGAGCAAGGAUAAAGUAUCCCGGCGUCUGGCGACCGAAACCGCCCGCCCGGAUAUCAUCUCGUAUAUCCAGCGGUACAACGAGGACGACGAGCGUGGGAUGCUUCGGGCAGAGAUCGAGACCAACGCCGCCAUCAUCAUCCAGGCCGGCAGCGAGACCACGGCGACUGCCCUGGCCGCAUGUCUGUUUUACCUGCUGAAACACCCUGUGUGGCUAGCAAGAGUGCGCGAGGAAGUCCGCGGGUCGUUCAAAGAUGGUGAGAGCAUCACCUUUUCCGCUGUGAGUGUCUUGCCGGGCGUCAAUGCCGUUAUUGAAGAAUCACUGCGCCUGUUUCCGCCCGCGCCGGCCAUUGGGCCUCGCGUAGUGCCGGCCGGGGGCGCGAUGGUGGAUGGGGGGUUUGUUCCGGGGGGGAUCUCUGUCUCCGUUGCGCACUAUUCCGCCUUUCGCGCGGCGUCCAACUUCAUCGAGCCAGACUCCUUUCGCCCCGAGCGCUGGCUGGAGCACAAGGGACGGUUCAGCGGUGACCGGAGAGAAGCGCUGCAGCCGUUUUCGUACGGGCCACGGGCUUGUAUUGGGAGGAAUCUCGCAUACGCCGAGAUGCGAACCAUCCUCGCCAAGAUCUUGUGGAACUUUGAUGUCGAGCUGCAACCACAGUCGGCCAGCUGGGACGACUGCAAGAGCUAUAUCGUGUGGGAGAAGGGGCCGCUGUGGGUGUGCUUGAACAAGAGUGUCUAG